AGCAGCCGAGCUGAGGAAAGGCGACGGCCUGCCGAUUUCUCCUCGUCCUAAAACCCUAACCCCAACUCCCCACCCCACACUCGUCUUGCCGGCGGCGGGGACGAUGAGGGCUAUCACCGGCGGCGUCGUCUCCUCCGAGCCCUGUUCCCUCCGCACGGCCGCCCUCUUCCUCAUACGCUUCUCCAAGUCUGCCGCCUCCCACCUACCCUCCUCCGACUGCCAUACCUACCUCCGCACCGUGACCGACGCCACAAGACAGCUCGGCCGCUUCCGCAAGGAGCUCGGCGCCAGGCAACUACAGGGCGACGCCAACUUCGAUGCCCAUGGCUACGAGGAUCCGGUGGAUGGCCGUAGAAGGCACCAAGACCAGGAGAGCGAAGGGGGCAUGUCGGUUGCCGCUGAUGGUUCCCACCGCGAUUCUGCCGCGGGGGCGGAGCUAGAUCUUGCCUCCGGUAAGAAGAAGGCCAAGAAGAAGAAGAAGAAUGAGAAUCCACAGGAGGAUAGAGCGGUUGCCCGUGCUGACUCGCACAUCCCCCCUUCACCAGAAAUUGCCACUGAGAAGAGGAAGAAGAAGAAGCAUCCGAAUAAGGAAAUCAUCGUCGAUGUGAAGGUUGAAGAAGAGCUGGUGAGUGAAAAGAAGAAGAGCAAGAAGAAAAAAGAGAAGUUUCAUGUGAAACUGGAAGAGGAUGUGAAUGCGGUGGAAGAGAAAAUCGUGAAUGGCAGUGAAGAAAGAGUUGCCAGAACAGAGAGGGAAAGGAAGAAAAAGAAGCAUGAACAAGAGGAAGGCCGCACUGAGGUUGUGAAGGAGGAGAAGACAAUUGCUGAUGGUGAUCUAGACAUAGAGAAGAAGAGGAAAAAGAAGAGGGAUAGAGGUGACAUUUAUGACAAUGGUUCAGAGCUGGUAGAACAUACAAAGAAGAAGCAAAAGAAGCAUUCUGGAGAUUAGUUAGGAGAAUCCUUACUCAUUGGAGAUGUAUGGGAAUUUGUGGUGGGUGUGGUUGUUUUUGCUGUUGUAUUUUGGGCUUCAAUUUGAUUAAGGUUGGGCUCUUUUGGCUACAGUGCUAGACUCCACUGUUUUGUUCUGUAUAACAUCCAAUUUAUAUGCCAUGGCCAUGAGGCUCAAUCAAUGAUAUUACCAUUUGAAUCGUUA